AUGGCACCAUCAGCAGCAGCACCUACCCACCACACCGCCGACGGUACCAAGAGCGGCGACGUCUACCGCGACUACAAUGACGACCGCAACGCAAAGGCACAAGAUACACUCUACACAACCAGUAAUGGCGUGCCCAUGCCACACCCGUACGAGUCGCAGCGAGUCGGCGAGAACGGCCCUCUGCUUCUCCAGGACUUCCACCUCAUCGAUUUGAUCUCACAUUUCGAUCGUGAGCGGAUACCCGAGCGUGUCGUCCAUGCCAAGGGCGGUGGCGCUCACGGCUACUACCAGACCACCGACCCGUUGGAUGAUAUCUGCAUGGCAGAUAUCUUCCAGUCUGGUAAGAAGUGCCCGAUCACUGUUCGAUUCUCCACUGUCGGUGGCGAGUCUGGCUCCCACGACUGUGCUCGUGACCCACGUGGCUUCUCGGUGAAGUUCAGGACUGAUGAGGGCAACUGGGACGUCGUCGCCAACAACACUCCCGUCUUCUUCCUCCGCGACGCCGCCAAGUUCCCACACUUUAUCCACACCCAGAAGCGUGACCCGUCGACACAUUUGACCCAUGCCGACGACAGCACAAUGUUCUGGGACUAUCUUUCGCAGAACCCAGAGUCCGUCCACCAGGUCAUGAUCCUCAUGGGUGACCGUGGUAUUCCAGACGGCUGGAGGAAGAUGCACGGCUACUACGGACACACACUCAAGCUUUGCAACAAGAACGGCGAUUGGGUGUAUGGCCAGAUGCACAUGAAGAGCAAGCAGGGCACUGGCUUCAUUACCCAGGCCGACUCUGCCAACUACUCGCCUGAUUACGCUCAGAAGGAUCUGUACAACGCCAUCGAGAAGGGUGACUACCCAGGUUGGGACGUUUGCUGGCAGACAAUGACCGCCAAAGAGGCCGAGGACCUAUGGGAGAGUGAGAAGAUCAACGUGUUCGACUUGACCCACGUUUGGCCUCAGAAGCGUUUCCCACUCCGCAAGGUCGGAGAGUUCUUCUUGAACGAAAACGUCAAGAACUACUUCGCCGAGAUCGAGCAGAUCGCCUUCAAUCCAUCCCACAACCCACCGGGUAUCGAGCCCUCUGCCGACCCUGUCCUCCAAUCCCGCCUCUUCUCCUACCCAGAUACCCACCGCCACCGCAUCGGUGUCAACUACCAACAGCUUCCAGUCAACGCGAGCCAGACACCAUACCGCCUCGCCAACUUCCAGCGUGACGGCAACAUGGCUUUUUACAACCAGGGCUCUCGCCCCGCCUACCUCAGCUCGAUCCAGCCUAUCGAGUUCCGUGAGCGCUCGGUCAACCUUGACAAGGUGCACGGCCACUUCAUUGGCGAAGCUGUUACCUUCCUCUCUGAGAUCCGACCAGAAGACUUUAAGGCUCCACGCGCCUUGUGGGAGAAAGUAUGGGAUGAGGAUGCGCGAAGCCGCUUCAUUGAGAAUGUGUCUGGACACAUGAGCAACUGCACCGAGGAGGAGAUUAUCAAGCGCCAGAUCGCCAUCUUCCGUGAGGUCAGUGAUGACAUUGCCACUCGCCUUGAGAAGGCCACGGGCACCAAGGGUUAUGAUGGUAUCACGAACAUGAGGUUCAAUGGUACACAUAACGGUAUGGCCAAGGACAAGGCCAACCGCAAUGCCAAUGGCAUGACUGCGCCUGGUGUCAGCAGUGGUAACAACAAUGGUGCUCCGCGUGCUGGUACGCACAAGGAGGCUGCUGUCGGAGCUUAG